AUGGUGGGUAACCAAGAAUGGCCCAGCGAGGGCCCCGUGUGGUACCUGCAGCAGGAUGUCCAAGUCGCCCUGCUCUGGAACCAGCUGAAUGCAGUGAUCUCCCAGCUGGCGCAGAGCAAUCAGCAGCUUUGCCUGCAGCAGAACCUGAUCCUCGGUCUGCAACAGCAGUCAUUUCAUUGCUGCUUGCAGCGGGAUGCGGACCACAACCUAAUCUCGAAGCUUGCGGAAAAGCUCUUGGAGUUUGAGUCACGUGCUGGCCCCGCAGAGCGCCAGAAAGAUAACAGGGACACAGAAAGCACCGACGCUGGCAGCCCUGGCAGCCCUGGCAGCUCUGGCAACGAAAGAGAAGAGAGCUUCGUCGAUGCUGACUCGACAUUCGUCCGUGACAUGUCGGAGGUGGCAACGGAGGGCGCGCCUCCAAUUGCGCAUGCCGGCACUGCACGGAGCUCGGAAGCGGUGGCGGACAUGCGAAGCACCGGGAGUGGCAGUGGCGGCGACUCUCCCGUGGAGGCGCCCGUGGACACGGAGAGCGUGACUCCAACACCUGCUGCCCUCUGGCUGCGGCUGCCAAUCUGCCAAGACCAGCGCGGUGACCACAGCUGCGACGUGCCUGACUGCUGCCCUGUCGCUCCCACGACACCCCUCGGCACUGCACAGCCCCCCAAGAAGAGGCCAAGUCUUCUGAGCACCGAAGCCCCCGACGACGAUGGCCCAGAGAUCGAGGAUGAAGAGGGGAAGCCCACGGCGAAGGGCAACAGCAAUGUGGUGGUGACCGGCAGGCUCAACGCAUCCCAACGCAAGGAGCUUGCAGACGUCGAGGUUGGCGGUGGCGAAUGCACCCCCUCCGACCUUCUUGUGGCAGACCUGUUGCCGUACCUGACCGUCCCGGAGCUGCUGAACUGGCGCCUGCUUUCGCGACGCACCAGAAGCCCCGAGGCCUUGAUAGCGCGCGUGGCCGAGAUCGGCAGCAUGGACAGGCCGGAAGCAAUUGUCGCCUGCUCGGAAAUGUUCACCGGUAGCCCGGAUACAUCCUUCGACGCCGAGAAGGAGAAGUUGUACAGAUGUCAGUGUUGGUGCACCGCCUUGGCGUCCAAGCGAAAAACCCAUUUUGCUGAAGACCACGUUCACCGUGUUGUUGGCAAGACUGCAAAGUUUGCUUCGGCACUGGAGGAGUGCGGAUGCAUCCAUUGCUUCCGCCGCCAGUGA